ACAUCCCAUGUCGAUAAGAUAGGGCAAUGUUUUGGCGGGGAGACCGGGAGCGCGGGAGGGAAAUUCAGAUGUUGACCUUCAUCUUAACCUGCAGGAUCAUUCACCAUCAGAGGUCCCUGUCCAAGACCCUGACUGUUCCCUGAGUGGCCGUCCCUCCGCUGGCCCACCCCUCCACCAUGGGCAAAUCUAAAAAGACAAAGGUGACACAGUCAUCAAACCAGCAGAGGAUCACUUCAUUCUUCAGCUCUGUGACCUCCCCCUCCCAGUCGGUGAAGAGGCCACCGCCACACAAUGCUGGGGUGUCACCCACGGCCAAGAGGGACUGCACCUCCCACACCCCAGGCAAGGAAAAUGAAUUACUGCCAUACAAGAAGAACCUCUCCGGAGACCUCGGACUGAGUGCUUCCCCUUGGUCAAGUCCCAGGCCGCUGAAGACCAUCCCACAGGCCAGUGGCAGCGUGACAAAAGGAGGAGUGACUGGCAGUAGUGAAAGUCGAGCUAAGCAGAGUCCAAGGAGUGCCCCUCAUGUCAAGCAGAAAGGUCAAGCAAACAACAGGAAGGGUUCUCGGGGAUCCAGAAGCAUUUUGUCCAGCCUGUUGAGCAAGUCUGUGUUGAGCGAAAAUGUUCCUGUGAAGCGCCCUGCAGCGAAGGUCAGCAGAGAGGAGGAGGAGGAGCAGGAGGUCAUCUUGUUGUCUGACUCUGAUGACGUGACUGAGGAGGAGGAAUUGUUCUCACUGUCGGAGUCUUCUUGUGACACAUUCAGCAACACCGUGUCAAGAGCGGACCAGGGAAGAGAUAAAACUGAUAAUCCGUCAGACUCCAAAAACUCACGUGAGAACAUUGAGCUGAGGAAAUUACUGAGAGGAAAAGGUAAAGAGAAACAAUCCACACCAUCAAGCUCUUCAGAGGACUUGUGCAGCACCUCUGAGUCUGGGAAGUUGAGCAAUGGUAAGGAGGAGGAGGAAGAAGUGGUCACGUCUGACAGCUCUGAGGACUUGUUUAGCAGCCCACAGCAGAUCAAGCCCAAGAAGGACAAUGACAGGCUGAUCUGUGAUAGAGUGGCCUUGUGGAAGGUUUCCUUGAAGCAGGAUUAUGUCAUAGCAAGCAGUGAUGACGAGGUGACGUCUGGUACUGUGGAGAACAUCCCGCCUUCUCAGCUCGGUGUGGGAAGCAGUCAUGUCACUCCUGAGGGCUAUGAGGGCACCAUGAGGGCUUCCCAGGACACGAAACCUGAGGAGGAGGAGGAGGAGGAGGAGGAGGAGGAUGAUGAUACCACUCCUGAUAUUACCACAGACAUGCUUAAGAGUUCACAGGAAUCCAGCAUUAGUGUAGAUGGUGAUAAUGCCUCAAAGAUCACCACAGACAUGGGGAGCUCACAAGACUCCAGCAAUAGUGAGGAUAUUGGCAGUGACAUCCUCAAGGCCUCCCAGGGGUUUAGAAUCAGGAGGAAUGCCACAGAUGAUGCUAAGGCUGAAACAUGUACUUCUGAGAAUGCUGAAUACCCCAAAGUUACUGCAAGUGGUACUGUUGAUAUCAUAGAGACUCGGCAUUCCAGUGAGGAGGUAUUAGAGAAAGUUUCAGUGGAGGUGGAGUGUGUGGAGCAUUGCAGUACCUCAGGAAAAACAAAGGAAAAGAUGGUAGAGGAAUUCACUGAUGACUUGGAGUGCCUCAGUGUAAAUGGGACUCCUGACGCCGCAGAGACCAAGAGUGACGGCAACAAGACCCCGAGGAAACUUUCAGCAGUUGAGGAGAAUGACUGUCUCGAUAUCCUGGAGAUGUUUGGGGAGCUGUCACCCUUUAAGGAGAAGCCGGCCAGCGAAGCAGUUCAUGGAUUGCUGACGAGUGAUCCGAUCGUGAAGAAGUUCCUGGAUGAAGGGAAGAACAAGGAAUCCUUCGCAGCCCAGGGUGACUUUGGGCGACAUCUGGUGCUGGCGGCCGAGAGAGACAGCGCUACCCGGACCGUACACCUUGAACUGCUGUCGUCUGAGAACGUGAAGAGAACCUGCACUCUGGCUGGCACAUGGUCUGACACAGUGGUGCGUGAUGGAGACAUAAUUCACAUCUUGCUUACAAAUCCAGUGGACAGUCACUAUCACAUUGACAACAACCAGGGAAUGUUGGUGGUGCACCCUGACCUGCUAGUGAGCAGCACCAGCGUGGCGUCGGGCGUGUUCUGCCGCCGCCGCGCUGUGCUGGCCGAGUGGCACCGUGGGAUGGAGCCGCCCUCGGUCAUCAUGACGGUGGGCUCCCUGGUGCACGAGCUGUUCCAGGAGGCGGUGGUGGAGGCCGCGCGGGGUGGGAUGGGGCAGCUCUCGGAGGAAUGGCUGCAGGCCCUGGUGAGCCGCCUGCUGGGCCGCCCCAGGGUGCUGCAGGAGCUGUACCGCCUGAACCAGACGGCAGAUGCCUUGAGGGAGGACAUGGCCGGCUUCAUCCCUAAAGUGUCAGCGUGGUGCAGCCGUUAUCUCGGCAAGGACGCGCAGGCACAGGGCAUCGGCUCCUACAAGUGGCAGGGCAGGAUCACUCAUGUGGAGGAGGUGGAGGAGAACAUCUGGUGUCCCCGCUUGGGCCUCAAGGGUAAAGUGGACAUGGUAGUGCAGGCUGAGGGUCGUGAUGGCCCGGUCAUCUUGCCGCUGGAGCUGAAGACAGGCCGGGCCAGCUUCUCGUCAGAGCACUGCGGCCAGCUGGCUCUGUAUGCCAUGAUGGGCACCGACAGGCGGCCGGACCCUGGGGCGGGGCUGCUGCUGUACCUGCGGGAGGGUGUCAUGGAGGAAAAAGUGGCCCCAGCCAAGGAGCGCCGGGAUCUCAUAUGCCUCAGGAAUGACCUGGCCACACACCUGGCUGCCCGGCCUCAAGGUGGCCAGGAUGCAGGGAGGGAGCCCGGCCUACCCCCACUGCCACCCCCUAUUGCCCAUGAGAGAGGGUGCCAGCACUGCCCACACAAGGUGACAUGUGCUGCCCACCAGGUGCUGCAGGGUGAGGUGCCUGCCGCCCCCCAUCCCAUGGCAGGCCUGGUGCCCCAACACACGGCACACCUCUCCCCGCAACACCUGGACUACUUCCGCCACUGGUGUCUCCUCUACCAGCUGGAGGCGGCUGAGAGUAUUGGUGGGGGCGGGGCACUGUGGUGUCGCAAUGCAACCCAGCGUGAAGAGCAGGGGGAGUGCCUAGCCUGGCUGGUGCUGGGUGCCACUCCCCCUGUUGAGGUCCGACCUGGGUGGUUCCUUCACACAAUGGUGCGGGGCCGGCGCCACCCUGGGCUGGCCACCCCCCUGGCCAGCGUAGGGCUGCAGGCUGGGGACCAGGUGAUCGCCUCCUCCAGCAGGGUGCUGGCACUGGCCUGUGGCAGCGUGCAGGGCUUCAAGGAUGGGGCAGUGCUAGCUGAGCUGGACCGGCCCCUGCAGGGCGGCGUGUCACACCAUUACCACCUGGACCUCAAUUGCUCCACAAACUUCCUGCGCCUCCCCAUGCAGACCCUGGGCAGACUGCUGCUGCCAGAGCCCCGGGCUGAGGCGCUGCGCCGCCUGGUGGUGGAUGGGGCCACCCCGGCCUUCAAGAAACGUAUGGCCUCCAAGGUGCUGGACUGCAAGCCCAUGCUGGCCCAUCUCAACGUGGCACAGAAGCGGGCAGUGAUCCGGGCUUUGGCGGCGGAGGACUACAUGCUGGUGCAGGGCUUCCCUGGCACCGGCAAGUCCACCACGCUGGCCACCAUGGUGCGGGUGUUGCUGCAGCUUGGCCGCUCCAUCCUCAUUACCGCCUACACCAACACUGCCCUGGACAGCCUCCUGCUUAAGCUGCACAAGCUUGGCAUAGAUUUCAUGCGUGUGGGGCGCUCUGACAGGGUACACCCUGACCUGGCCGGCCACACGGACCAGGCGCGGACUUGCCAGGUCAGCACUGUUGAGGAGCUGACGGAGCUGUAUGCCAGCCAGCGCGUGGUGGCCGCCACCUGCCUCGGCCUCAACCACUCCAUAUUCUCCCGCCGCACAUUUGACGUCUGCAUCGUGGACGAGGCGGCCCAGGUGUUGCAGGUGACGGCCCUCGGCCCGCUGUUCAUGUGCUCCACCUUUGUGCUGGUGGGGGACGACAAGCAGCUGCCCCCUGUGGUGCGCAGCGAGAGCGCCGUGCUGCACGGCAUGACGGAGACGCUGUUUGAGCGCCUGUGCCGCCCGGAGGUGACCAUCACGCUCACCGAGCAGUAUCGUAUGAACGGCCCCAUCAUGGCCCUCGCCAACCUCCUCACCUACAACAACCAGCUCACCUGUGGUACCCCUGAGCUGGAGAAGGCCACCCUGGACCUCCCUCACUACCAGAGGCUGGUAGAGAAGGGAGCUGUGGCACCAUGGUUGCAGCGAGUAGUGGCUCCCACACUGGAAGAAGCCGUGGUGCUGGUGGACACUGCCGGAGCUGGUGGGGAGGCAAGGGUCGGUGGCUCCUCGCUGGUCAAUCACUGGGAGGCUAGACUGGUGAUUGUGGUGGUCAGAACACUCUUGAAGGCCGGGUUGAGUGGCAGCGACAUGGGCAUCAUCACCCCAUACCGUGGGCAAGUGAAAUUGGUGAGGAAACUACUGGCUAAGGAGUUGAAGGAAGAGGACGUGGGGAAGAGGGUGGAGGUGAACACGGUCGACCAGUACCAGGGCAGGGACAAGAUGGCUAUUAUUUGUUCGUUUGUGCGCUGCGGCAAAUCCAAUGAUAAGCCAGCGGGAAUCCUGACUGACCGCCGGAGACUCAACGUGGCCUUGACCCGAGCCAAGAGGAAGUUAAUUCUCAUCGGCGACCAAGUGACGCUGACUCGCUACACUUCCUUCUCCUGCCUGAUGAAGGUCCUUGCCCCCCACCAGGUGUACUGCCUCACCCCAGGCACUGACGGAUUCCAGUGGGAGGAGGAGGAGGAGGAGGAGUGCCAGGAUACAGAGGCCAUGGAAUUAGAGAAAUAAUUGUGUCGAGGUAUUUUCACGGUGAGGGUGAUUGGUUUUGGUGAUAGGAGGUAAAGACAGAAUUUUAUUGUGUUUUUAGGCCCCAGGAAUGGCAAGUUUUAGGAGGAGUAAGAGAGAAUUUUUUGUUAAGUCUCUAACAAGAAGAAGAAAGACAAGAACAUUUUUGUUGGAUGUGUUACAGUGUCACAAAUGUCAGUGAUGCUUGGCCAAAACAUGUCAGUGUCAUUUGAUAAUAUGGUGUAAGUGACUGAGUUGUCAAGUUUGUCUUUCAUUGGCAGAAUUAUUCCAGCAGUGUGUGAUGGUGGUUUGUGUCCCCCAUCUCUAGUCUUGUGGCUGAAUUACUCAUUAUGUUUUCUGAACAGUAAUAAUGAUAAUGAUAAUAAUAAUCUAUUAGCUUAUAUAUCAUAAUUCUCAUUACUGUCACUAUAUAUAUAAGUAGAUCAAUCAUCAUCAUUCUUAUUAGCAUCAUCAUCAUUGUCAUCAUAAUUCUCAUCAGUCACUAUCAUUAUUAUUGUUACAAUGAUAAUGGUAGUAAUGGUUAUAGACUCAAUAUUUCAAUAAUACUUUGAUAACAGUCUUCCAAACAUCAGCCUUAAGGCAUCACACAUUUUUCCCAACAAUAAUUGUUAAUAUAAAAAAUACAAAAUCAUCAUUUCACUUCGCAGAAGAGAACGUUUCAUUUUAUUAGGUACUCAUUUUCACCAUUAUAUUUGAGUUUAUUUUAUGGUCAUUAAAAUUCUUUCUGUCUGUCUGUCCAUAAGAAACUAUCUGCAGCACUCCCUACCCUGUGAUGGAAACAUGCCAAAUGCUGCCUUUCUUGUGCCUUGCAUACAUACUUGUGUUUUGUAUCACCUCUCCUCUGCCUGUGUAUUUAAUGGAGAAUGCAUUUGGAAACACCAGUUCUGUAAUUGUGUACAAAUGUGUAUAGUAUUAGUGUCAUUAAGUCUGGUAUGCAUCUUACUUGUUGCAUUACAUUUUAAUAUUUAAAUGUAGUGUAAUACCUUUAACUUAAUUAUCCUCAUGUUUUUUUAAUGAGAGUUCUUACUUGUACUUUUAUCACAAUGAAGUGGAUUAACGUAUGUUGAAUGAAAUCAUUUUAUUUGUUAUUAUAUUCUUAUAACUCAUUUGUUUAAGUCAUGAAGGAAUAAAGAGGCUUGGUUUUAGCUGAAUGGUGUCGGUGAAGGCACCACAUAAACAUUUGGGUUCACUUCAACAGACUGUACAAACUCCUGUAGUUAAAAGAGACUGCUUAACCCUUUGAAUGUUAGUGACAAUACAACACCUGUUAUUAGAGCAAAUCAACUUGAUUUUGUGAACAAAAAUAUAACAAUUCUUUUUGCUUACGUGGUGUCUUUCAAAAUUAUAAUGUAAACUUGCUCCACAUUUUAUUAUUAGACUUGAGAAGCCACAGCAAUCAAAGGGUUAGCAUGACAGCAUGUGAGGCAGCAGCACACACUUAGCCCUUCCCAGUCCUAAGUGUGUCCAGCCAGAGGCCACGCAAACACCCAAACACACAAACAGAUGUAACUCAAAAGUACAAAUGAGGAUCUGUCACACAGACUUCUAUGUAAUGCCAAUCUCACAUCCAUAAAUCCAUGUUGUACGGGUGAAUCACAGCUUAUGAAUGAGUUCACGUUUCUCAAAAUACGCUUGUAAGUAAAUCAUUUGUAAACUUGAUAAUGAUUUUAAAGAUUUCUGUUUGUGAAUACUAAUGAUGAACAUUCUUUCAUAACUUUGAAAAUUAAUAAAUCAAAUAUUCAUAAAUUCUGAUUCACUCACAUGUGUUCAGACUGCCCCAUGGAAGCAGCUUCAUUCCACACUGUACAUAAAACAUUGAGUAGUUUCUUUUUCCAUUAAUAUUAAGACGUAGCUGCAGCCCCGCAGCGUGCCUCUCUGUGGCGAGUGAAGCAGCCUGCCCGCCUGCAACACAGAGCACCACACACGUCUGCAUCAAGGAACAUCACCGCCACAGCACAUUUAUAUUUUCAAAGUGAGAAUCUAGGAACUAACACACCAUUUGGAAUCUUUGUAUCAUGCUCAUGCCAAAGUGUAAUUUCUGAAAAUAUUCUUUCACUUUGACCUGACAUGAUCUGAUCACAACUGUGCAUUUAUUUUUCUCCCAAGUGUGCUUAAAGGAACAAACAUAUCUGUAAUUUUGUAUCGUGCUCAAAUCAAAGUACAGGUUUCACACAUA